AGUGAACCCGUAUAUACGAAGAUUGAAUUUACCAUUUAUUCGCUUGCCUAAUUAAAUUGAAUAAAAAAGAUGAGAAUACAUUCAGUAACUUAGUGUUAAAUUCUGUUCUGAUACCAGAUUUGAUUGACGCAACCUAACAGAACGGAACUAAAAAAAGUGGUCUUAGUAGUAGGGGUUUACAAAUCAGCCCCCACAAAUUCUGUUUGAAAUUUACAUCGCUAGCUAGCAACAAGGAACAACAAGGAACUUUCAUGAGAUUAAACGAUAUCUAACCAAGGAUUUUAUCAAGUGGGAAGCCGUAAGUAGUUCACUAGUCCUCCAAGAAAGUGAGCUGGAAGGAAAGAACGAAGGAGCCAGGUUGCAAGAAAACAGAUGAAAGAAGGGGCAACAAUGUCUGAAGAAGGGGCAACAGUGUCUGAAGAAGGGGAAACAGUGUCUGAAGAAGGGGCAACAGUGUCGGAUAAAGGGGCAACAGUGUCGGAAAAAGGACAGAUAAUUGCCUCUGAUACUGGUAGUGAUGAGGAGUUAGGUGAAGCCUUGUCUAAUGGCAACCCCAUACCACCUAAGAGGGGAAAGGGAAGGCCCAAAGGAUCAGGCUCUAAGACACCCAAGAUACUGAGGGUACUAGACAAGCGGCCACGGGGCAGGCCAUGUAAACUGGUUGACCCUAAUGCUGUUUCAGCAGAGCCAACUGCACCUCUGAAGCAUGGCCGGCCCCAAAAUGUUAAACAAACAAAAAAAAUGGGUAGGCCGAGGAAGAACCCGCUACCAACCGAGGAGGAAGAAGAGAGAAAGAAACUGAAAAGCCAACCUAAGGGAUCAAGAGUGUGGAAGCCUCUCGGAACUGCACCUCUGAAGCAUGGCCGGCCCCAAAAUGUUAAACCCAAAAAAAAAAUGGGUAGGCCGAAGAAGAACCCGCUAUCAACCGAGGAGGAAGAAGAGAGAAAGAAACUGAAAAGCCAACCUAAGGGAUCAAGAGUGUGGAAGCCUCUCGGAAGGCCGCGCAUCCACCCCUACAUGGAUCCCCCAGCCACCUCUGCUGAGCCACGGGCAAGAGGCCGUCCACGCAAGGCAACAAUGGGGAGAGGUGCCCACUUACGGAAGAACCCACCUCCAACCUCUAAAGUUUCCAAGCCACCCGUUAUAGAUGGUUCCCCGCAAAAGAGGGGCCGCCCCUUAGGCUCCGUACAAGCAAACAAAGCCAAGAGAGCAGCAGAGAAGCAUAGGUCCAAUAGUGCACCCCCAGCCAAACAGGGGUGCACUGUUUCUCCAAUAGUAAAGCUUUACCGCUGCACCAAUGGUAAAGCAAAUGUGUUAGAUGAAGCUGCCUUCCAAGCCCAGAGGCGAAGAGGCAGGAGAACAUCUGUGAAAGUUGAUUAUACAACUUGUGAUUCAGAGAAGGAGGAAAAUGAAGAUGCAGAGAGAGAUGAGGACGAAGACUUGUGUCCAAUUUGAAGAGGAAAUAAAACCACACAGUGGUUGUCACAAGGCUAGCAAACCUGGUAAGGUGGCGGCAGCUCAUAAAGAAGGUGGGGGUUGUUUCUAAGAGGCGGAGGCAGGAAGCCUGGCUCAACCAAAAAGGUUUCUAAAGUAAAAGGAACCUAGGUGGAGCAGACUGAACAAGACAACAUACCUUGUUGCCGGGAAACACAAAAUAUCAGUAGCAUCUUGUAGGAUGAAUGGACAUGUUUUUAACAUUUUACUAGUGGGAUAGCUCUUACCCAACUCUUUAGUUUUCUCAAUUAACCUACGUGUCUAUUUGCUCUUGCUAUUAUUUUUGAUGCUUUGUGGAAACCAUGUCAUUUUUUUUUCUUCCCCUUCAUAGCUUGAAUGAUGUGAAGACAAUUUCAUUGACAGUUGUUAAUAUAUUGGUCUGUGCAGACUUAUCCCAUUUGGAUACGGUUUCUAAUUCCAUGCGCAUCCUUUUGGUCAUGAUAUUCUCAUUGAGCUUUUACCGAGAUGUUCCUUCAUCUCCAUCCAAAAUGUUACAAUGUGGGAAAGAUCAUGAAUGUAUGAAUCAAUUGUCUAUUUACUCAUAUAGGUAAAUAAGAAGCUAAAAUGGGUUAAAUCAGUGUUUUGUUUCUUGUAAUAAAUAAAUAACAUACUUUUAA